GUUUUUCUGUGUAAUUCAUAUCUAUCCAUCUCAGUUCAAGUGGAAUGUUUUUUGUUUUUUCGUAUAAAUAUCUCUCUGUUUUUAGAUUCGCCAGUAGUUCCCUAGAGGUUAUCAGAAAUGGAACUUUUUCACUUGUUAGUUGUAGUGUGUCUAUCACUACCUUCAUGUCUGGCAGAUGGUGACGACGAAUUCGCCAACUACACAAUAACUAAACGAAUCCUUCCUAAACACAUUGCAGUUGGAGUAGCAACUGCUGCUUAUCAAAUUGAGGGCGCCUGGAACCUCGACGGUAAAGGAGAGCAGGUAUGGGAUACAUUCAUCCACGAUAAUCCUUCCAGGGUGUCAGAUCAUACUAACGGAGAUGUCGCUAGUGAUUCUUACCACUUCUACAAGCAGGACGUUGCCGCAAUGAAAGAAGUGGGAGUAAAUUAUUACAGGUUUUCCAUUGCCUGGUCCAGGAUUCUACCCGAUGGAACACUUAAAAAAAUAAACCAAGCCGGAAUAGACUAUUACGUGAACUUAUUUGAGGAACUAGAAUCUAAAGGAAUACAAGCUAUGGUAACUCUGCACCACUGGGACAUACCAACUGCUCUGGAAAAGCAAGGAGGUUGGCAGAACCCCAAAGUAGUCGACUGGUUUGUAGACUACGCUCGACUCUGCUAUGAAAAAUUUGGAAAGUACGUCCAAUCUUGGGUAACUAUCAAUGAACCCAAACAGAUCUGCCAUGCUGGAUACGGGUUGGGGGUUUUUGCUCCAGGAGUAGUGUCACCAGGAGUCGGAGAAUACCUCUGUGCACGACAUGUUCUGCUGGCGCAUGCAAAGGCUUGGCAUGUUUUUGAUAAGGAGUUCAGAUCCAAGCUCAAAAGCAGAAAUACCAUUGUCAUCGAUUCUGAUUGGUACGAACCUGCUACACAUAGUAAAGCAGAUGCCAUUGCUGCUGAAAUUAAAAGACAAUUUGUGUAUGGCAUGUACGCCCAUCCUAUCGUCUAUGGAAAUUGGCCCAAAAUCAUGAUAGAUAACAUUGCAAAAUACAGCAAAGCGCAGGGUUUCAAGCAAUCACGAUUGCCGACUUUUUCUCAAGAAGAAAUCGAAUUGAUCAAAGGAACCUACGACUUUUUAGCUGUGAAUCAUUACACCACGUAUAUGGUCAGUGCUCUCGAAGAUCCAAACCAUGUAGGAGGAGUUAGUUGGGACGAAGACUCUGGUGUGAACUCUUACCAAAAAUCCACUUGGAAAACCGCUGCUAUUGAUUGGUUCAAGAUUGUUCCAUGGGGUUUCGGAAAACUUUUGAGGUGGCUUAAACAUACAUAUGGAGACAAAGAAAUCGUGAUCACAGAGAACGGAGUUUCUGAUACGACUGGAACCUUACGUGAUCAGCAUCGGAUCGAUUAUCUGCAAUCUUACAUGAGCCAUAUGGUAGACGCGAUUUAUGAUGGAGUAAAUGUGACUUCCUACACCGUAUGGAGUAUUAUCGACAACUUCGAAUGGAAUCAAGGAUUCAACGCCAAACUGGGCAUGUACUACAUCAAUAUGAGCGAUCCAGAGAAACGCAGGAUAGCAAAAGAUUCUUCUAAGUAUCUUGCUAAAGUUAUCAAAACAAGAUGUUUGAUAGAGUCAGGAUGCGAAUAAGAAAAUAAAUGAUAUAUCUAUUA